CAGACCAAGGAUUGAUGAGCACUUCCUCAUGAUAUCACAUGACCGCUGAAAAUAUUGGUCAACAUGGCGAAAACUAUUGACAUGAGUUCUUUCAACGGACCAUUAAAUGAUGUUGCUGCACGAAAGAUAAAUCAACUUGCAGUUACAAGAGACUACAUCUCACAACCUAGGAUAACAUAUAAAACCGUGUCAGGUGUAAAUGGACCUUUGGUUAUCCUGGACGAUGUAAAGUUUGCCAAAUUUGCAGAAAUUGUACAUUUAACAUUAGCAGAUGGAACCGUCAGAAGUGGACAAGUUCUGGAAGUGUCUGGCUCUAAAGCCAUUGUUCAGGUAUUUGAAGGAACCUCUGGAAUUGACGCCAAACAUACAUUAUGUGAAUUUACAGGAGAUAUUCUGAGAACUCCAGUAUCAGAAGACAUGUUGGGUCGUGUGUUUAAUGGUUCAGGUAAACCUAUCGAUAGAGGACCACCAGUAUUAGCAGAGGACUUCUUGGAUAUUCAAGGACAACCAAUCAAUCCCUGGUCUCGUAUUUACCCAGAAGAAAUGAUCCAGACAGGUAUAUCAGCUAUAGAUGGUAUGAACAGUAUUGCCAGAGGACAGAAAAUUCCUAUCUUCUCUGCUGCUGGUUUACCUCAUAAUGAAAUUGCUGCCCAGAUUUGUAGACAAGGUGGUCUUGUCAAAGUUCCAGGGAAAAGUGUAUUAGAUGAUCAUGAUGACAACUUUGCUAUUGUGUUUGCAGCUAUGGGUGUAAAUAUGGAAACUGCUCGAUUUUUCAAACAAGAUUUUGAAGAAAAUGGUUCUAUGGAAAAUGUGUGUCUUUUCCUUAACUUGGCCAAUGAUCCAACAAUUGAACGUAUUAUCACUCCUAGAAUUGCUCUGACAACAGCAGAAUUUUUAGCUUACCAGUGUGAGAAGCACGUUUUGGUCAUUUUAACAGACAUGAGCUCUUAUGCUGAUGCUUUGAGAGAGGUCUCUGCUGCCAGAGAAGAAGUACCAGGUCGUCGUGGUUUCCCAGGUUACAUGUACACAGAUUUAGCUACUAUUUAUGAAAGAGCUGGUCGUGUUGAGGGACGUAAUGGUUCCAUUACACAGAUUCCUAUCUUAACUAUGCCUAACGAUGAUAUUACCCAUCCUAUUCCUGAUUUAACUGGUUAUAUCACAGAAGGACAGAUCUACGUAGACAGACAAUUACAUAAUAGACAGAUCUAUCCACCAAUCAAUGUAUUACCAUCAUUAUCCAGAUUGAUGAAGUCUGCCAUUGGAGAAGGCAUGACAAGGGAAGAUCACUCUGAUGUUUCUAAUCAAUUGUAUGCUUGUUAUGCUAUUGGUAAAGACGUACAGGCUAUGAAGGCUGUCGUAGGAGAGGAGGCUUUAACUCCAGAAGAUUUGUUGUAUUUAGAAUUUUUAACAAAAUUCGAGAAGAAUUUUAUAUCACAGGGUCAUUACGAAAACAGAACAAUUUUUGAAUCUCUAGAUAUUGGAUGGCAAUUGUUGCGUAUUUUCCCAAAAGAAAUGUUAAAACGUAUUCCACAGUCAACUUUGGCAAAAUAUUAUCCAAGAGACACACAAAAGUCUGCAGGGGCAGCUGCCCAUCCAGAUCAAAGCACACAAUUAUAAGAUUUACUGUAAAAUUAGUCAUCUUAUUAAUAAUACAUUCCCAGAAAUUAGAGUCCAAGUGGGCCGUCAGAACUUUUUUGUAUUUACAGUAUAACAAGAGGUUCUAGAUGUGAUUUCUUUCAUGACAAAGAUAUAUUGUAAAGUGGUAUAUGUUGGCCGAUGUUAGAUUUUGCUAUAACUAGAGUUAUAACAUGUCAUAUAACUUGAGAUUUCACAUUCUUUAAACUGGUUUUGAUCCUUAGAAGUGUAAAAUUUAAGCAUGGUCAUAUUUGCAAGUAAUUAUCACAAAUUAAAAAAUAAAGCCCUCACGAAAAAUUUCCACUUUACAGUAUGAUCUUGUUAUUAAUAAAUAUAUUUGGAAACAUAUUAAACUAAGCACGUUAUUAUGUCAUGCUAUGUAAUUAUUUCAAUUCUGUCUCAAAAUAAAAUCAGUUAUUAGGGUAUUUUUGUUGCGGGUGAUUUAAGUAGAUUCUAGGUAGAUGUUAUAAUGAAAUUAUGUUGUAAUCUAUAUAUUAAGCAGAUAAUGUAAAGAAUAUUCAUAACAGUGAUAAAUAAAUUCUUCCUGGACUUCAGUAAUAUGUAUUUGUUUCUUCUGUUAUUUAAUGGUAGGUUUGGUAUAAUGUAUUUUAUUAGAAUUUCUAGUCAUCAUUUGGAUAUUUUUUAUGAAGAACUCAAGCACUAUGCUGAUGGUCUUUAUAGGAAUCUUAAAAUU